GUCCUACCUGUUUGUUAAGAGCCUGACCCACCCUUCCUGCCCCUUCUCAUCCUUUCAAUGGGUCAAGAUGGAUCGACGUGAGGAAUACCGUGACGACUUGAGCAGUGCCCACAGUUACAGAGAGAAUCAAUUGAGUUCUCCUCCUCCUCCUCCUCAGUUCCAGGAACAUGACCAACAAUACCCUACACCGACCGCGUCGCACACGUAUACAAGCCAAGGCUCCCCGCCGACUGUGUCACCGCCGCUGCCGUACGACCUGGAGCAUUCGCGGCACCCUCCACCACCACCACAGAACUACGAAAUCUAUCAACAAGGGUACUCGACGGAAAAAGAGACUCCACACAAUCAACAUGCAACCACUAUCGCCCCAACACCAGACUUCUCGGCGCCUCAAGUUGUGCCAGGCCAGUUCAGUCUAUACCCUCAAGUCGGCCGGCCAAUGUCUCCUUCAUCACAUGGCGGGACCACCCUCGCCUCGCCUCACGUAAGACCUUAUGGGUUCAAGGAGCACGUCGAUCCAUCUGAUGCGCCCGAGAAUGCUCCUGAGCCAGUAGUCCCACCGCCAAAGGAGGAAAGGAAAUGUGGUUUGAAAAAGCGAACGUUUUUUAUCCUGCUCGGAGUGGUUAUACUCGCCGUUGUCGGCCUCGCUCUAGGUCUCGGUUUGGGCCUCGGCCUGCAAAAUGAUGAUUCAGACAACUCAGCUGAUCCUUUCUGUCGCGAAAAACCGCAAUUAUGCAUUGGCGGUGCUCUCGGUGCCAAGUACGUGUCUAAGAAGGGCGCGUUCAACGGCACUGGCAUUGCGCUUGCUGGAGAAUCAUGGAAUCAAGGCCAACGUAAAAUCUUUACUUUGUACUUUCAGCAUCAUACAGGCGACAUUCGCUUCAUGCAGUACGGCACUGAUCAAAAGUGGAUUGGUGGCACAAAAGCCCAGACCGUAGCCAGCGGCGUAAAAGACGCAUCGCCCAUAUCCGCUGUGGCCUUUGCGAUCAACGCCACCCAAUAUACACACAUCUUCUACGUAGACCGCAACAACACCAUCAGACAAGUAACCCAGGACAACAUUACUGACAUUUGGCAAGAUGGCUCCCUCAACGACCUCAACCUCAAAGCUUUUGACUCACCCACCACGGGCCUGCAAGCCUGUUGGAAAGGCAACUUUUACGGCGACGAAGAUUACACCAAAUUCCCAACCGCCUCUGGUCUUAACAACACCAAGCCGUUUGAAAACUCGCAGGGAAUGAAUCUCUGGUUCGCGACCGACGACUCGACGUUUGCACAAUACGCAUGGUACAGCGGGCGCCAGGACGACACAUGGGUCUCCCUCAAGCCAUGGGCGGGCUUUAACGGCCACGCAGGUGUAGGCUGCUACUCCUGGGGCGAAGGCACAACCACGUACGCCAUGAUGGCCAACAAGAACAACGCCGUAGAAUUCUGGUGGAAAGACACAAACGUCAGCUUACCCUCGACCGAAACUCACCCUAUCAACUCCUGGCAAAACGCCUCCAACGCCGCAAUCGGAAACGUAUACCCCAUCACCUCGCUCGGCUACACAACCUACUUUUACGCCCAAAUGGCCGACCGCACAAUCCAGGGUUACAACGUGACGUAUGCGGGCGAAAAUACCACUUUUGUGAAAGACGAGACGUUUGCGAUUACGGAUCCUGCGGGGCCCGUAAAAGCGCUCGGAGGCACGCACAUGACGGUUACGGCGUACAAAGACACGCAUGGUCCCGAACCGUGGGAUAGUUUGUACGUGUUUUUUCAGACGGCGGGAGACGACAUUACGGCUUUUACCAGGGGCUUGACGGGAGGACAGUGGACGGGCGCGCCGUUGAAUAUUCCCGACGAGUAAAAAAAAUAAAAAGGAGUGUGCGGGUCACAUAUUUCUUCUUUUUUUCGUUAGUUAAAUGUAUAUAUCAAUGGUUUUUAUUUACGGCCUGGGUCACGGAGUGCACUCUUCUUCUGUCUGGAUUUUGCUUUCCUCUUUCGCCCACUAUUUUGUUUUCUGUUUUUGGGUUACUAGAGACCUUACACUCUCGUUUCGAUACCACUGUCCUGGACACAACGGCGUAGAUUACGAUACCUUUUUUUUUAUCAAUACAAGC